AUGCAAUUUGCCAACAAAACCAGUGGAAAUGAUUUUACAAUUCUUGGCCUGUUAGAUUCUGCAGAAGCAAAUAUUCCUCUGUUUGUUGUCUUCCUGUUUAUAUUUCUAGUGACAAUUACUGGAAAUGUCAUCAUUUUGACUGUUGUGACAAUGGACCAGUCUCUUCAAACACCCAUGUAUGUUUUGCUUUCUAAUCUAUCAUUUCUAGAAAUAUGGUACACAAUGACGAUAGUACCAAAACUUCUAGCUAACCUGUUGAUGAAGAGUAAUAGUAUCUCUUAUUCUGGAUGCAUAACCCAACUUUUUUUCUUUGUUACAUUUGGGGCCACUGAAUGUUAUUUGCUUUUAGUCAUGGCUUAUGAUCGGCACAUGGCAAUCUGUAAACCACUUUAUUAUUCCAGCCUGAUGAACCCAAGUACAUGUCUGCAACUAAUUUCCGGUUCCUGGGUAACUGGUGUUCUCACAGGGUUGAUCCCUGCUCUCUUUAUCUCCCAUUUAGACUUUUGUGACUCUCGACAUGUAAAUCACUUCUUUUGUGACAUUCCACCUCUUUUGCAGCUGUCCUGUGGUGACAUCUACCUUGCAGAAAUUUCAAUUUUUAUCUUGUCUUUUUCUGUGUUGCUAUCCUGUUUAUUGCUUACGUUAGUGUCCUACUUCUUUAUAGUCGUCUCCAUAUUACAAAUUAAGUCUAACAGUAGUAGGAGUAGAACAUUUUCUACAUGUGGAGCUCACCUUGCUGUUGUACUGAUCUACUAUGGUACUAUGAUAUUUAUGUAUGUCCGUCCUCACUCCAGCUACUCCUUAAAGUUGAAUAAGUUUAUUUCAGUUUUCUACACAGUUGUAACUCCGGGUCUAAAUCCUAUCAUCUAUACUCUGAGAAACAAAGAGUUUAAAAUAUCUGCUAAAAAGAUUGCACAGAGAAUGUUACCAUCAGGCUUUAAUAGAGAAACAUUUUCAAUACAGAAAAAUGUAAGUAGUAUUUUUUAA